AGAACGAAGGAAGUUAGACCCUUGUGGGGAUCCGUCCUACCAUCCGGCUGUUCGGCUGCAGCAACAUGGCGGCGGUCUCAAUGUCAGUGGCGCUGAGACAAGCGUUGUUGGGGAGAAGCGCAGUGGCUACAGCUGCCAUUUCCAUUUCCAGGGUUCCGACCAGGUUGUUGAGCACAUCCACAUGGAGGUUGGCACAGGACCAAAUUCGAGACACGCAACUUAUAACAGUUGAUGAAAAACUGGAUAUCACUACCUUAACUGGUGUUCCAGAGGAACAUAUCAAAACUAGAAAAGUCAGGAUCUUUGUUCCUGCUCGCAAUAACAUGCAGUCUGGUGUAAACAACACCAAGAAGUGGAAAAUGGAGUUUGAUACCAGAGAACGAUGGGAAAAUCCUUUGAUGGGUUGGGCAUCAACUGGUGAUCCCUUGUCCAACAUGAUUCUAACCUUCAGUACCAAAGAAGAUGCAGUUGCCUUUGCAGAAAAAAAUGGAUGGAGCUAUGACAUUGAAGAGAGGAAAGUUCCGAAACCUAAGUCCAAGUCUUAUGGUGCAAAUUUUUCUUGGAACAAAAGAACAAGAGUAUCCACAAAAUAGGUUGGCAGUGGCUAUGUCUCUGCUUGACCGUGAAUAAAGUCAUCUGUGCAGUAUUUAUAGUCUAUGUAUGCAUCUCUAAUAAAUUUGACCUUUAAACGGCAGGUAAAAUUUUGCAGUUUCUAUUUUAAAUGUUUUUUGAUGUUUGAAAUUGAACACGUUAGUUUCCUUUCUAUACAGGAGAUUGAAAGUGAUCAUACCUCUAGGAAAUCUUGGCACUUAGAAUGUAUUUAAGGAAAUCCUUGAAGUAUUAUGCUUGCUUUUUGUAGCCAUUCCCAGUAAUCAUUUGUAAUCUACCAUUCAUUAUUAAAAUGUUCUUAGAACUUCUUUUGAUUAUAGAGAAGUACAUGAUAACAUCCAUUCUGAUCAACUUAAGCUAAAUCUCCUUAUUAUUAAAUUCAUACUUUUAUUUUGUAAGGUUCUGUGACAUUUGAGUGAUAGCCCAUACAAAUUUCUGCCCAUUAACACACGGUUGUGAAGGGUUCUAGUGAUUUUAUAUUCUUAGGAAUUGACUCCAAAAAUUAAAAUUAGUUUAUUGGUGGGGAUUUUCAGUGUUCAUACUAUUUACUUUUGUUUGUAGUGCUGGUGAUUAAAUCCAGGGCCUUUGCAAUAAGCUAAAUCCACAUCCCUUUUUUAAUUUUUUGAGACAAGUUGCUUAAGUAGCCCAGGCUAGGUUUAGACUUGCACUCAUUCUGCUUUGGACUUCCAGAAUACUGGGAUUACAAUUGAACACCACCAUGUCCAGCUUCAAAUGGUUUUAUGAAAGUACAUGUUUUUGUUUGUUGCUCAUUUAGGUCAUACAGUGUUGAACUAUCAAACACAUGCUCUAAUCAGGCUCUUCAACGUAUAUGUAUAUACCAACUCGUAACUAUCAAGUAGGCACUAUUAUGCAUUUUGAGAAAAAAAAGACACAUGAAGGCUUAAAAUGAUUAAUAACAUGCUUAAAAUCACACAAAUCUUACAUGGCAGAGCUGGAAUCCAUAUCUAUAGGUCUUCAAAGCCAAUAAUCUGAAUUAUGAUAGUUAACAAAGUAAAAGCCUUGAUUGAUACAGAGUUUUUCUUUGGAUUAAUAUGCUCUUUGGUGUUUCAAAAGUUACACUUUCCCUCAGAAUUGCAUUUCAUACAAACAACACAUGCUAGUUCAAAAAGAAAAUGCAUCAGAGAAUAAAUCUGUAUAAUUUUGUAUUGGAGAGCAAAUUGACACUCCUCUUUCAAAAUGUUAAAUGUAUACUCCAUUUAAUUUUUUUAACUCUCCUAAGCAAAUAACCUAGGUAUAUACAUGGAUAAAAUAUAUACAUGGACAAAUUUUAAAGAUAUUUAUUGCAGAAUUAUUUCUAAAAUAAGUUGAAAUAAGUUAUUUCUAAAGUAAGUUGAAUAAUCUAAACAUGUAUUAAAAGCUAUUAAAAAUAUUUGUAUAAGCUUUUAGAAAUGUUAUUCAAGGUGUAUUGCUAAGUGAAGAAAAACAGUAAGUGGCACACACAUGUGGGACUGAGGUGAAGCGGUAAAUGCUGCCUUGUAUAUCCUUAGAAUAUUUUAGAAAAGAUGUGUAAGAAACAUAAAACUGAUUUCUAAUGGUACCACUGGUUGUAGGAAGCAGGAGGUCUCUCAGCCUUUACUCCCCCAGUAAUGGACUUUGAAAUUUAAGGGCUUCAGUGCUUGCCUAUUCAUGUGGCUAUCUGAAGUUAGUUUUUUAAAAAAUAGGCCUUUUUUGAGUUAAUAUGUUCAAGAUAUUACUUCUCUGAGAAAUUGCUGGCAAAAUUUUAUCUCCAUGUUGAGGACUGUUUCUUGAUGGUAAACUUUAAGAGAUGAUGAAGUGAAGUACUGCACAGCUCAGUAAAAGUUUAAUAGUUUUGUGAAAUUUACAAAUGUGUGGAAAUUAAAAAAAAAUUAUCCUGAAUGACCAGAGAUAAAAGAAGAAAUUUAAAAGGGAACUUAAAAAUAACUGUAUCUUGAGAGCAACACAGUGGAAUCCCAAAACACAAAACUUUUGGUAUACACCAAGACCUGUUCUAAAAGGGAAAACCAUAGCAAUAAAUGUCUCGUGAAAAAUUAAAGCUCUAAAUUAAACAAGCUAAUGUUGCACUUCAAGGAACUAGACGAGGAAUAGCUUAAGAUUGAAGUUAGUAGAAGGAAAUAAUAAAGAUCAGACGUGAAAUAAAUGAAAUAGAGGCUAAAAAAAAAACAGGAAAGAUCAACAAAGCUGAUUGUUUUUGUUUUGGAGGAAAAAAAUCUACACAUAUUUAAUUACACUAAGAAAAAGGAGAACAGACUUAAACCAUCAAGAGGAGACUUUGAAUAGUUACUACAAAAAUACAAAGGAUUAUAUGAGACUAAUACAGUUAUAUAGCAACAAAUUAGAUAACCUAGAGGAAAUGGAUAAUUCCUAGACUCAUACAUCCUACCAAGACUGAAACAUGAAUAAACAGAGAAUCUUCAGUGACCUAUAACAAGUAGCAUGAUUGAAUCAGUAAUAGAAGGUCUUUCAUCAAAGAAAAGCCCAGAGCAUAGUGGUUUCACUGCAGAGUUCUACCAAACUUUUAAAGAACUGUAUAGCUCCCGAAGUUUUUACACUGAAGAUAAACUGGUUUUAAUUAAAUUCAAUUUUUUUCAAGAAAUAAGCUUUUGGGCUGUAUCUACAUAGAUGUAUUUUCUGGAUACACAGUGAAAGCUUAUACUUGUAGGCACACUAUUGUAUCUGCAGAAAUUAAAGCACAGUUUACAAGCAAAAGAAAAUACUAAUUUUUCUCUUUCAAAAAAAUUGAAAAGAGAGCAACAACAGUUCAAAACUUAUUUUGUAAAGCCAGCAUUACCCUGAUAUCGAAGCCAGACAAGAAUAUUACAAGAAAAAAA